CUACGCCACAACCACCGUCCAGAUGGCCGCGGCAAAACCCCACUUCUCGCAGCACGCCGCCUUCGCCGCCGACGACGAUGCCGUCGCGGGCCCCGGCUUCGCCGUCUUCCGCCUCCUCCUCCCUCCGUCCUUCUCCGACGCCGACACCAUGCGCCUCUACGCCGCCGUCAACCCGCUCCGCCGCUUCACCCCGGCGCUGCAGGUCCGCGUCGAGCCCCUCGACUCCUCCCCAUCGUCUUCCUCCGAAUGCGUCGCCGUCGUCCUUGGACCCACCGCCCCCGUCCGCCGCGUCGAGGCCUCCUCCUCCUCCGGGGAGCCCCUUGCGCUCUCGCCCGCGCAGGAGGCCCUCGUCGCCGUGAUCAGCGCCGAGGGGGCGCUCCACCGUGCCGAGGACGGGGGCCGCGGCGGGCCUGGGUGCGUCACGUGCCUGCUCCUGGUCGAGGCCGCACGGCUCGAGGCGGCCGCCGGGAGGGGCACCCUGGGGAGGAUCGCCUUGGAGGCCGGCGCCGGCGUGCGCGUCGCGCAGUGGGAGAAGGACGGGCUGCCGCGGGGGCAGCCGCCCGAGGAGGUCGUCGAGAUAACUGGAGAUAGGGCCGCUGUAAGGAAAGCUCUUGUUGCUUUGUCUAGCUGUCUUCAAGGUAAUCUAUCAGUUGGUACCUCAACAAUGUCUGUUAAGAAACAAGGCUCAAUGCUAUCAUUGGCUUCUUCUAAAGUGCCAGAGCCAAAUAUGGGAAUUUUGUGCUCAGAAGCAUCCACCGAGCAUGCACAAAGCAAUGCCCCUCAGAUUGAUUAUCCACAAGGUGUUACAGGAGAUGUUCGAACUAAAAGUCUUCAGCAAAUUUCAUUUAGACUUCUCUUGCCUAUCAAUCUUGCUGGAGGUUUGAUUGGCAAGAAGGGCUCGAUUAUCAAAGGAAUUGAAGAUGAAACUGGUGCUUGUAUUGAUGUCAGUGCUCCUUUAAGUGGUUGCACGGAGCGUUUGAUAACAAUUUCAGCCCUAGAGAGCCCAGAUUCGGAAUACCACACAGUGCAAAGUGCACUACUUCGUAUAUUUGACAGAAUGGUGGAGGUGGAAAGCAACACACGCUUAAUGUUUGACAAAUCAUCUCAGUCCUCGGCGAGGGUCCUUUUUCUCAAAAGCCAAUAUGGUUGUUUAGUUGGAUUAGGUGGUUCUAUAAUCAAGGAAAUGGUGAAUGCAACAGGAGCAAGGAUUCAGAUAUUGGAAGAUACAGAUGUUCCAGCUUGUGCCUCCAACUUUGAACUAGUUCUACAGAUCACUGGGGAGUUAGUGAAAGUCAGGGAUGCUUUAUGUCUUGUUUGCUGGAAAUUGCGUAAUCAUGUUUUCUCCUCCAAGAGUGCCAACUACAACAAUGGUUAUGUUCCCUCUUCAGAUAUUGUUGAAUCAAAUGCAACCAGCCAUGUCAAUGUUUCUUCAGUAGGCCAAUAUUCAACUGACAAUUUCCAUACAGUUGAUCAUGGACCCUCUCUCAGUUACGGAGUAGACUCUGUGGACAAGUCUUUGAGUGCCUUCGAGCUCAGUUCUUCAGAAGUUCAGAAAGCUGAUAAUGGCAUUAGUGUUGGAAUCAACAAUUCAGAUAAUGGGGAGUGGAGUGGCAAUGGAACCAAGAAUUCAAAUAAUGGAGUUACAUUUCCGGAGGACAACAGUCUUGUGAGGGGAGUCGAGACUGCUAGGAUAACUAGGAUCACAUACGAGACUGCUGUUUCUGGGAGCAUUUUAUAUCUUGUCUAUGGAGAUAAUGGAAACAACCUGGACCAGCUUAGAGAGAUAUCUGGUGCAGACAUUACCGUGUAUGAUCCACCGUCAGAGGGCAAUGAAGCCAUGGUCGUGGUAUCUGGACCGCCUGAUCACGCACAAUCAGCUCAGCGCCUGCUCGUUGACUUGAUCCUACAGGGACAAUGAUGAGUGACCGCUGGACUGUUAUGCGUGUCUGCUGAGUAUGCUAACCAACGUUAACGUGAAACAAUAGCUUUGGACAUAAACUUGGCAUUUUUAAGUAUGGUGAGUGGGAUAUACAGAAUGAUUAAGGCACCGGUUACGAUAACGCAAUGUUGUGCUUGGAAGGAUUAUUUGACCAUUGCCAGUUUGCCGCUGCA